UAAAGCUUGGUUCUAGGUUUUGUGUCACUAAUUGCUAACCAUACAACUGGUACUGAAAAGGCCUACCUUGUAGCGUACCUGGCACCUUGUGUGCCUUCGGUCAGUAGCCGAGUUUAAGCUCCGUUAAACGCAACCAACUGCAACGAAGCUCCGUUAAUAUCUUAAUGCCUGUCUUCAGAGUCGAACACUGUACUUUCAGCAGUUAUAGUCCGGCGAAGGAUGCCCAUUAUUAGGAUACCGCGGUUGGGUGCAAUGCCCUCACGCAGGAUAUGUCUUACAUUGUUGCUGACGGCUCUGCUGCUCUCGGCAAGGCUUGCUUAUCCCGAAGGCCUGAAAAUGUUCCAAUGGACCUGCUACCAGGAUUCGGAUGGCCCAAAGGACCGUAUUUUGCAAAGCUUUACAGAUCUGGGGAAGAUUUACACUUAUCAUACGACGCUCGGCGUGCGAGUGGCCUCCUUCGGUCCUGGCGGCGAUUCUGGGUGGCUUUAUAACGACAUUGACCCGUCAGAGCGAGUGUAUUCAAGUGGGGUAGUCCUGUACAUCUACGGCGGUGAGGCCCCGAGUAAAGACUGCAUACCGUGGAGCAGCCAGCCACUGUCCCAGCCCCCUUCCAGCCCCUCUCCUCCAUCGCCGCCCCCUUCCAGCCCCUCUCCUCCAUCGCCGCCCCCACCUAGCCCCUCUCCUCCAUCGCCGCCCCCUCCCAGCCCCUCUCCUCCAUCGCCGCCCCCUCCCAGCCCCUCUCCUCCAUCGCCGCCCCCACCUAGCCCCUCUCCUCCAUCGCCGCCCCCUCCCAGCCCCUCUCCUCCAUCGCCGCCCCCACCUAGCCCCUCUCCUCCAUCGCCGCCCCCAGCUAGCCCCUCUCCUCCAUCGCCGCCCCCUCCCAGCCCCUCCCCUCCAUCGCCGCCCCCUCCCAGCCCCUCCCCUCCUCCACCACCCCCUCCUCCUCGUCACCAGCAGACACCUCCCGCUGCAGCCCUCAGCCCACACACCCCACCUCCCAGCCCCAGCCAGCCAUCACAUCCCCCUUCUCCCCUGCCACCUAGCCCACCAACGCAUCCUUCACCAAGCCCCAGCCCACAAACACCACCUCGCUCCUCUCUUCCAUCCACCUCCCCAAGCCCCCUCCCGUCUUCGCCGCCCAGCUCGCCACUGCCCCGUACCCCACCUCCCAUCCCAUCUCCCACCUCCCCAUCCCCAUCGCCACCCUCGCCGCCUCCUCCACCUCCUACUAAGUCGUUAAGUCCUCCGCCUCGUCGUCUGCGCUCCCCACCACCUCCCAGCCAGCCCUCGCCGCCACCCCCUGCGCCCACGUACUGGGCCACAUCCGCAUUUGGACCCUUUGAUGUCAAUGGAACCAGCACUGCGCCUGGCUCCGUGAGUAAGCUCGUGGGUCCUCCCAGCUCCCAAGUCACUGACAUCAAGGCCUGCAGGGCUGCACUUGCGCUGGGCUGGGUGGCUACCAUCAAGAACCCUCGUUACGUGGUGGCCUACUUCAACCAGACCCCGGCUGCCCGGGUCAGCCAGCUUGCUGCCGUGAAGCUCUACGUGUUCAGCAGCGGAACCCUCCGCCCCGCCAUCUCCUCCAUCGAGCUGCUGCUGCGGACGCCGGGAUCACAUAAUGACACCCCGCAGGAAGUCACGAUGUAUACGGGGGGUGCACAGCAGCAGUCGCUGACGUGCGCGGCCCUCAACCAGAUUGCCUUGGUACCUGACGUGCUGCGGCCGCGCAUGACGGCAGAUGCACUCAACACGGCUGAGGUGGUUGCUGUGCGGAUCAGGGUCAACAACCAGACCACGAACAACAAGGCGGAUCUGCCGGUGCUGGCCGCUGUUGGUUUGGACCUCCAGCAGUAAUUAAAAGAGCCGGUUCGCCCGGUUUGGCCUGCUCGACAUAAACGCAAAUGGUUAUGGCUAGUGGUAUUGGUAAUCAAUCUAUACACGCGCUGUGAUUCCUUUGAGCGUUUCCGCGCUGUGUCUCGGUCUUGCCGUACAUGAGUGUAUUUGUCGCUCUGUCGGAUCUUCCUGUCUAGUACUGCUGGGCGACAGAACUCCUGCUAUCUCGUACUGUUGUAUGAAGGGCCUACUACGUGGCUACUACCCGUUCCCCUCUUCGUUCCUUGUUUGGCUUAACUUGUGCUCUUCUUAGGCCUAUCCAAUGCCUCUUGGUUAUGUGUUGAGGCAAUUUUACCGCCAGUUACUGACAUUGGGUCGGAGCCUUUGGUACCGGGUAGCUGGUGUUGGGGUGUUCCGUUGUGGGGUAACCCUUUCCUGCCGGUUGGGCUGCCGGGCCAACCUGGUGUGUUGGGUUUGGAACACCACUAUCCGGUGCUCGUUCAUUGCCAUGCCCUGCGUUCAUUGGGUAUGUGUGUGGCUGCCCUGGCUCAACUUCGUUGUUUUGAGGACACGUGGGAUUCAGCGUUGUUGAACGGUGUGUCGGGGGUUGCUGAGGGCAGGGUGAUGGAGAGGUGCUGGUCCGCUCUUGUACGUCGGUUUUUGGACCCGGCGUCCCCGGAUGCCUGUGCUCUUUGUUCGUUGCCUAGGUGUCGUGAUCUUUUGACGUCUCUUGAGUCGUUGUUGGGUGCGGUGCCUGUGGCUUGGGUGGAGGCUGCUGAGACUUUUCUUGUUGAUGCCUUGCCGCCCCAACCUCCGCCGGCUUCUGAGGUUGAUGCUUGGCAGGUUUUGGUUCCACGUUUGGGGUGGCAGUUGCCUCAUGUUGGCGCCGUUCCUUUGAGGAAUCUGUCGAUUCAGAUGGCUACCGUUCUUCAGCUUGGGGGUGUGUUUGAGGAACGUGCUGUGUUGCAUGCGGCUUUUAUUAGGGAGGCCCUGGGGUUACCUGCUACCCAGCAGCUUCCUGAGGGUGUCUUGGAUGGCCUUCGUGAUUCUUUCCAGCGUCUUUGGUCGAUUCGUUGGGAGAAUGGUUUCAAGGAAGCGUUUUGGCGUCUUUCUAUUGAUGGGGUUCCCUUGCUGGGGAAUUCUCAUAUGUCUAGGGCUCGUCCGGAAUGUUGUGGUUGUGGGUCCGUUGUCUUGGGGGUGUCUCCGCGGUUGCAUUUUUUCUGGGCUUGUCCUGUUGCUCGUGCUGUGGUUGAGCAGCUUGAGGUCUCGCUGGGUGUUGCGGUUCCUCGGGCUGCCUUGUGGUUGGCGUUGCCUCCUUCGGGCGUGCAGCAGUGCGUUUGGGAUGUUGUUGUUUUGGCUGCUUUGUCCGCUAUGGAGGAGGGUCGGCGGUUGUUACGGGCUCGUGUACGUGAGUCCGGUUCUGCGGGUGUUGUGCCUGGGCUUGCUGAUGUGGUGGCCCUGUCUGCUGUUUCCUGGUUCUGGGGUCAGCUUCGGGGUUUGUUUGGGUGUUCCCCGUCGGGGAUGGGCUGGGGUUGGCCCUUCUCAUCCUUUCUUACGUAUUGUUGGCGGGCGGUUUUCUGUGUGCCGUUGAGCGUCCUGUUUUUGGCCCUGAUGUCAUUGCUUGGGGUGGUGUGUUCGUGGCUUCCGGUUUGGGUUGUCUUAUGCCCUAGAUGAGGUUUGUCGAGGUUUGCUGAGGGGCCUUUUUUGGCUUCUACCCUCUUGUUUCCCUCCUGUGGUUUUCUUUUAGGGCUGUGUCUCCCAUCUUGUUGGCCCGUUGUGGUGCUGUCUCUACGGUUUGUUCCGUUUCUUUUGCAAUGUAGGGUUGGUACGGUUGUACGGUUCGGAUCUUGCUAGUGCUCCCUUUUAGGGAACCAUUGCAACGGUUAUUCAUUCGGUCAAGGGGUUUUGUCCCCAAAGCACUUAGCAAUGGUAAACAGGAACAGGAAUGCGGUGCUUGUAACAGUCCUACAAAACACUUGUAUCUAUAUCAUUCACGUGGUCCUGAGCAAGCACUGCCCAUGUAUUUGUGAGGAAAGCACACCCAAGUAUCCGUCAUGGCCCGGCCUCUACCGGCAGGUAGACCACCUGGCAUCCGGAAGGUGUGGAUGUCACGCCAUGUUACUGGCUUGCUGGCUAUCCUGGACGCGACAGGAAUGGGUUGAAGAACAAGAAUGUGGUAAGGAUAGUGUGUGUAGGAACUAAGAAGGGGUUGGACACCAGGAGCACGGAGGAGGAGGCGUGUGGAAGGCGAAGAUGGAC